AGGAGCUGGCCGCGGGCUGCGAGCUGCGGAUCAUCGUCGACGACGACAAGCAUGCGCGGGUGAAGCUGCUGCCCGAGCAGAGGGCCGCCCCGCUCGCGGGCCAGCAGGGCGCCCCGCCGGUCACCGCUACCGCCGAGAUUUUUGGCGCAGAGCUCGUGCCGGGACAGGAUUACCCCUUGCUCGGCGGCACGAGGACUGCCAUCUACACGUGGCACGGCUGUAGAAUCCAGGUCAGCGGCCCCACGGCCCAGGAGUACGACGCCCCCAACGUGGUAAUGCGGGACUACCUCAGCUGCGCGGCCGUUCUCGAGGAGCGGCGGCAGCGCGCGGACGACCUCGCCAUGCCGGCCCCGAGGGUGCUCGUGUGCGGCAGCGCCUUCGCCGGGAAGAGCUCGCUGUGCCAGGUGCUCUGCAACUACGCCCUGCGGCGCGAGCAUACGCCCGUCUACGUGGACCUGGGACGCGGUAGCCAGCAGAACGGAAGCCAGGGGCUCCCCGCGUGCGUCACUGCCGUGCCGGUGGAGCACGCUGCCGACGAGGAGCCCUCGAGGCGCAUGGCUUACUUCUUCGGGCACAUCGACUGGAUCGACAACCCGCGGCUCUACGAGCGCGUGGUGUCUCACCUUAGCAAGGUGGUGCUGGCGAAGCUGAACCACAACACGUCGCCGGAGGGCGCCCGGACGGCGUCCUCCGGCCUCGUGGUCAACGCGCCUUCCCAGCCCACGUCGGAGCUGCUGGGCAAGAUCAUAGAUAUGUUUGAGAUCGACAUCGUGUUCAUCCUUGACAACGAGGGCCUGCACGCGUCGCUCUCGCAGAUGUACGCGGGGUGCCCGAAGGUGAACGGGGUGCCCAAGGUUGAGGUCGUGCCCCUGCCGAAGGCUGGCGGGGUGGUGCAGGCGUCCGCGAAGAGGCUGCGGUAUCUGCGAGCGCUCCGGGUCCGGGACUACUUCUACGGCGUGAUGCGGGACUUCCACCCCUACUCCGUGCUGGUGGACCUGAGCGACGUGCAGCUGGUGCAGAUCGAAACGGCCAUGCUGUCGGCGAGCAUGCUGCCGAUUGGGCAGGAGUCCAAGCAGUCUGUAGAGUUCAUCGUGCGGCCCUUCGCCGGCAGCGUGCAGCAGCUGGAGAACGCGAUGCUCGCUGUGGUCCGCGCGAACAGCAUGAACGAGGUGCUGUUUGCGCCGAUGUGCGGCUUGGUGCUCGUGACCAAGGUGGAGCAGCACGCCCUCCAGCUGCUCUGCCCCGCGCCGCCGCCCCUGCCGGCGCAGUACCUGCUGGUCGGGGACUUCAAGAAUCUGAAGUUUAUCGACAUCUGAGGGCCGCGGCGCCGGCGGGGCAUCGCCGCCCGCAGGCGGAGGGCCAGGUGGCGGUGGGCC